AUGGUCUUGCCAGUUACCAGUGCCAAUAAUGUCAAGGUCUACACCGUCUCUGAAUAUCGUACUCGUGUCGAUUUGAUUCAGGAUUUCGAAUUUCCUGAAGCUUCUAAUCGCAUCAAAACUACCCGCGAUGGAAAAUUCGCCAUGGCUACCGGUGUUUAUAAACCUCAAAUGAGAGUAUUUGAGUUUGCAGAGGUUUCGAUCAAGUUCGAACGUCAUAUGGAUGCAGAGACAGUAAACUUUGAGAUUCUUUCCGAUGACUGGACAAAGGUCGCACUCUUACAAAACGAUCGCUCAGUUGAACUGCAUACCCAAGGUGGAAUUCAUUAUCGUACACGCAUUCCUAAAUUCGGCCGUGAUCUCGCAUACCAUUACCCUUCGUGUGAUUUGAUGCUUGGUGCAUCUGGUACCGAAGUAUACAGACUCAACUUAGAUCAGGGACGUUUCAUGAACCCUAUUAUAACCGACGCUACAUUGGGUGUCAACUGUGUGGAAAUCAACCCUGCUCAUCAGUUGUUCGGUUUCGGUACUGCCAAUGGUACUGUAGAGUUCUGGGAUCCUCGUUCACGUUCGCGUGUUGGACUUUUGUCUCAGCCUCAGGUGCCCACCACCUUUGGUACUGAGUCAAACCUCGAAAUCUCUGCACUCAAAUUCCGUAAUGAUGGUCUUACUAUGGGUUUGGGUACUUCGACUGGCCACACUUUGUUGUAUGAUUUGCGUGCUAGUGUACCGUUUAUGAUGAAGGAUCACCAAUAUGGAUUUCCCAUCAAGACAAUCAAUUUCCAUGACGGUGGCGCAGGUUCUGGAGAUAUCGACAAUGGCAAUGACAAGGUUAUUGUGUCCGAUUGCAAGAUUAUUAAGAUUUGGGAUCGUACCAACGGAAAGCACUUUACUUCGAUUGAGCCAGAAACAGAUAUCAACGAUGUGUGUGUGGUAGAAAAUAGUGGAAUGAUCUUUACAGCCCAGGAAGGUGUACAGAUGGGUGCUUAUUAUAUUCCUGAACUUGGCCCUGCCCCUCGAUGGGCUUCGUUCCUCGACAACAUCACAGAAGAGAUGGAAGAAAACCCCAACAGAGAUGUUUACGACGAGUACAAGUUUGUCACCCGCAAAGAGUUGGCAGCACUCGGUCUCGAGCACCUUAUGGGUACAAAUGUUCUCAAGGCUUAUAUGCACGGUUUCUUCGUCGAUUUGAGAUUAUACGAAAAGGCCAGAUUGAUUGCAAACCCAUUUGCAUACGACGAUUUCAAGGAACGUGCUGUCCGCGAGAAGUUGGAGAAAGAGCGUGGUUCGCGUAUCAGAGCCAACAACAAAUUGCCAUCUGUUAAUAAAAAUCUUGCCAAGAAACUGCGUGAAGAAGGCAACAAGAAGAACAAGAAGAAGGAGAAGGAGACCGUUUUGGAUGACAACCGUUUCUCAGAACUCUUUGCUGAUCCUGAUUUCCAGGUUGACGAAGCAUCUAAAGAAUAUCAGCUGCUUCAUCCUUCUGCUCCUAAGAAAGCUGUUGCUGACUCUGAGGACGAAGAUGAUGAAAUGGAAGACGUACCAUCAAGAAACACCCAUGUCGACGAUUCAGAUAGCGAUCGAUUGGAUGGUGAUAGCGAUAGUGAAGAUGAUAUUGUCGGCAAAAUCCGUAAAGAGCGUGGUUUAUUCAUGCGUGACAAGAAGAAGCCUCAGACCACAGUCCGUAAUGUUACAGACAAGAAAUUCAAAACCGCACGCCGUGGACCUGAGAUGCGUAUGGGAGGUGAGACUGGUCGUGCUUCUGGCAGAGGUGAUGCUCGCAAAUCAUUUGGUACCCGGUUAAAAUCAAAUGAAUCCAAACACAAGGUCGAGGGUCACAAGAUGUCUCGUACUGCAAUGGGUGGCAUGGAAAUGUCAUUCAAACCAAAAGCAAAAGCAUCAAACAAAAAAGAACGCCGACCAAGAUCUUAAUCCAAUCCAUCUCUUCCAACUCCUUUCUUGCAUCAUUAAAAAUUAGUAUUUAACAUCCAUACUUCUCGGUAAUGUAUAUACACAAAUACAAAAGCUUAAACCCGU